GGGCUGCGUGCGUCCUGACUGUGGUUUUGGUAGCCGACCAGUCACACACACUCUGUCAGGGACACCGGAGGGCUGCGCGUCGGACAGGAGCGGCUGGAUAAAGCGCACCGGGUCGGCGCAUGUAUUUGCUCGUUUUUCUUUCCGCUCUUCAAUUCCGCCGCGUCUCGUAUCGGAUGCUGGAUGCAACCCAUCCCCGCGUCAACAGUACUCCUCUGACGGACAAAACAUGGACAGUCUAGGCAGCCGCUGUAAGAUUGUGGUGGUAGGGGACUCGCAAUGUGGGAAAACGGCGCUCCUGCACGUUUUUGCCAAGGACUGCUAUCCGGAGAACUACGUGCCCACGGUGUUUGAAAACUACACAGCCAGUUUUGAGAUAGACAAGCAACGGAUUGAGCUGAAUAUGUGGGACACGUCAGGUUCCUCUUAUUACGACAACGUGAGGCCGCUGGCGUAUCCUGAUUCAGAUGCGGUUCUCAUCUGUUUUGACAUCAGCCGCCCAGAGACUUUGGACAGUGUCAUAAAGAAGUGGCAAGGGGAGACGCAAGAGUUCUGUCCCAACGCCAAAGUGGUGCUGGUGGGCUGUAAACUGGACAUGAGGACGGACGUCAACACCCUGAGGGAACUCUCCAAGCAGCGGCUCAUUCCUGUCACCCAUGAACAGGGAAGCACGAUAGCUCGACAGAUGGGGGCGGUGGCCUACGUGGAGUGCACCUCCAAGGUUUCGGAGAACAGCGUCCGAGAUGUGUUCCACAUCACCACGCUGGCGUCGGUGCGGCGGACGCACAAGCCGCAGCUAAAACGCAGCAGUUCCCGCAGGGGCCUGAAGCGAGUUUCACAGCUACCCCUGCCGCCCCUGCCCGGUCGGACUGAGCAAAUGGACCAGGCCCCGGCCAUAAGGAAAGACCGAGCCAAGAGCUGUGUGCUCAUGUAGAGACCCGCUAUUAUAAAUAUAUAUAUGUACAUACAUAAACACAGAAAUAUAUAACAGAGAAAGUCUAUUUAUUGUUUUUUGUUGUUGUUUUUUCCUCAUAUCAUUUUUUGCACUGCAGAGGAGCGAGGAAAAAAGAAACACUGCGCUGUGAAAACAAAUGCUUUGGAUUUUUUCUUUUUUUGGUUGCCUGUGUUGCAUAUUUUCUAAGCUGUUUACAUAUUUGUGUUGUUUUGAAACGACGGCAAAUUGGACUAACUCGCUGGACAUGAGGACGCUGUGAUAGUGGAAGUGCUGUCUGGGUCCUGGGUAUUACAGAGGAAUUAAUUUCCUGAAACGGCUCUAAUAAGAGGAUGGUACAGCGGGGAAGUGACGGUGAGGAGAGUGAAGUGCAUGUGAGGAGAACCAUGUUGAAGCAAGACGUCUGUGGAUGAAGCUUGGUUUUCAAAGACGGUGUUGCUGAGCGUACAUGAGGACUAACUGUCCAGCUGCACAGUCUGAAGUUUCUUCCUGUUGCCAUAUUUGAGAGGAAAACGUGUAUGUACAGUAAUGCUGAAAAGGGAUUAGGAGAGCGAUGGCUCAAACCAAACAUUAGGAGCUGGAAAUUAGAUUUUUGUCACACUGACUGAAAUGUUGUGAAGGUGUGUGUGAGCAUUACUACCACAAGUGCAUUUUAAGAAAAGAAAAAAUAGUCCCAACAUAUCUGAUUUUAUUUUAUUUCUCAUUUUAACACAAUUUUUCUCAUCAGCUCCAAUAGUGUCAGUUUGAUUCACUGAAGUUAAGUGCUGUCGUCACUAUUUUAAAGAUGUUUCUUUGUGGUAAAUAAAGUGAUAAAAUGUUAGGGCUAUUUUGUUGUACUUUCACUAAACUCUAAAAUAAAGCAGCAGCUUAACUGUAAAGGGAGAGGACGAUUUCUGGCUGAAGUUUCCUUCCUUUUUUAAAAAAAAAAUAUUUUAGCAGCAUCAGAGAUGUAGAUCAUGUGAUUAACACAGACUCUCUGUGCUCUCAUGUAGCCCUGCGAGCCAAACAGCUCUGCAGCCUGAGGAAAGAGUCAGUCUUUCAGGGUAAUGUGUACACCUCGCAGACUUCUCACCUGGCAAAAACAAACUUCAACUGCAAUGCAGCAUCACCCGAGCACUAAGAGUAGUGUUUUCGUAGCGACUGACUCCACGCUGUGUCAGGAACCUCAAGUCUAUUCGGUAUGACAGAUGACAUGACGUGAGCUCUUUCACUGACAGAGAAACAAUUUUGUUGUCCAGUUGUUCCCACGACUCCGGACCUUUUAAAGUUGUUGUUCUGCUUCUGUAUAACAGACCAUUGGUCAGUGUCUCAAAGUAGACCGUUUCUCUUAGACAGCAGGACUUUAUGUCUGGAGUGUUUCUGCAGUUGGCCAGCUGCUGUAUCCUGACAGCAUUUAGGUGGAGGUGAGAGUGGACAGGCCCAUCUACUGUAAGUCAAAACACUCUGGCAGCAGCUAAGAGCUCUACCUUUAUAACUGUCGGUGUUGUCUGACAACUUAACUGUUGUUACAUCCCUGCUAGACAACUGGGGUAGAUGAAGAGAGAAACAAACUAAGACAAGAAACUAAAGUGGAAAGUGACAGAGGGUGUGUGGGGGACAUAUAAAAGGAACACUGCACCAAAAUAUGUCUUUGGAUUGUUACUCACCUCCUGUAGGCCUGAAAGGGUUCACAGCUCGUAC